GCCAUAUAUCGAAAUUAUUUCCAGUACCUGAAACAAAUUUGGUGUUCGAUGAGUUUCCUAGCAGGAAGGGUAGCUGGGGCAGAGGGGGCAUAUUUCUUACAAGAAUCCAAACAAGCCGUUGCCCGAAUCCUCCAAACCCAAAAAAAGAAUAAUAAUACUAAAUUACUAAAUCCAAUUCCAGAAGAAAAUAAUGAAUUAUUACCAUCUUCUUCUUCUUCUUCUGCUGCAGAUGUUCUUCCCGAGGUUUUGAGGCACUCUUUGCCUUCCAAAUUUUUUUAUUCCCCACUGCAGAAUUCGAGCUCUUCUUCUUUUUCCGAUACUUCUAAAUGGGUUUUGAAACCCGACCCGAAAGUGGGAGUGAAUUCGGGUGUGUCGCCCGAUGCUCUCAAUCCCCUUAGGGCUUAUGUUUCUCUUCCCCAGGUCACUUUUGGACCCAAAAGAUGGCAGAUUCCGAAUUCGGAAAACUCGGUUGUAGCGUCAACUGCAAAUGAUUUGCGGAACGACAAAUACAGCACAAUCAGCUCCGACAAGUUGAAGGCUGCUGUAGCAGGCCUAUCUCAAAUUGGUUCAGCGUUUGCUGUUGCUACUGCUAUUGUUUUUGGUGGUACGGCCUUAAUCUUUGGUCUCACAGCAUCUAAACUCGAGAUGCACAAUGGUGAUGAUAUUCGAAAUAAGGGAAAGGAUUUGGUUCAACCAAAGUUGGAAAUUUUCAAAGAGCAAUUAACUCCUUUAAGAACUUGGGCGGAAGAUUUAUCGAAGAAGUGGCAUUUUGAAAGGGAAGAAUCUGUGAAAGACAAUUCUCUGAUAAAGGAGCUGUCUAGAAGAAUGGGUGCCAAGACUUCAACUUGAACAAGAUCAUCUUCAAGUUGUAAUAUAUAGUUUGUUUGUUUGUUUGUUUAUUUGUGUUUAGAUAAAUUUGUAAGUACUGUAUGUUGUAUAUAAAAUAUAAAGAGCAUGAGACAGUGAGUUAUUCUUGAAUAAAUUGCAUGUUUGAAAGCUGAUACAUUCAUAUUUGGUGUUUGUUU